AUGGGAAAACAAGGUGGUGCAGUCCCAACACCUUCUUUUGCAUCUUCACAAGUAUCUAGGCCUACGACAUCCACUAUUAGUAGUAGUCAAAUUGGGGCAAGAGGAAAGAGGAAGAUGGGUAGUGGGAAGGGAGGGUCAGUAGAAGCUUUGUUUAAUGUAAAAGGACGUGAAGCUUUAGAGUCAUCUGUAGGUAGAUUCUUUUUUGCUAAUGUCAUCCCAUUUAAUGUGGCACGCUCCUCUUACUUCAAAGAAAUGUUCAUGGAUAUAGCCAAUUUCGGUCCCACAGCCACCCCCCCCGGAGAUCAUAAGCUACGGACUACUAUCUUAGACAAAGAAUAUUCCAAGAUUAAUGUGUUAAUGGAGGAUAUGAAACGAACUUGGAUGAGGACUGGUUGCUCUAUUGUGAGUGAUGGGUGGACUGAUGUUAGACAUCGUCCACUCAUCAAUAUCAUUGUCACAUGCCCUGCUAGUUCUUAUUUUCUAAAAGCUGUGGAUUUUUCAGGGAAGUGUAAGGAUGCAGAGUUCCAGUUUAGUAUUUUGAGAGAUGCCAUAGAGGAGGUUGGGGCAGCUAAUGUUGUACAGGUGAUCACUGAUUCAGCACGUGUGUGCAAAUCAACUGGUAUGAUGGUGGAGGGUGCUUACAAGCACAUCUUUUGGACCCCAUGUUGUGUUCAUGCAUUAAACAAUGCAUUGAAAGACAUAGGAAAAAUAGAUUGGGUGAAGCAUGCGGUGGCAGAAGCUAGAGACAUUCAAAUGUUCAUUUGCAACCACCACACCUCACUUGCUCUCUUUAGAUCAUUUUCAAAGAAGGAGUUCCUCAAACCCAUUGAAACAAGGUAUGCUAGUUACUUCAUCUUGUUGGAGAGGAUGCUUGAGGUGCAUGAUCCUCUUCAGUUGAUGGUGGUGAAUCCUGAGUGGACUAGAUGGCAGGAAUCAAACUCUACUGAAGGAAAAUCUACCAAACAAAAGAUCCUUGAUGACAAUUGGUGGUCCACUGUGACAUACCUUUGCUCUAUCAUUUCUCCUAUUGUAGAUGUCAUCAGAUAUGCUGAUACAGACUCUCCUAAUCUUGGAGAGAUAUAUGAGACAUUUGACAGUAUGCUUGGGAAGAUUAAGCAAACAAUUUCGGAUAAGGAUCCUACUUUGGAGUUCUAUGAGCAGCAUAUUAGGCCCAUUGUGACGCAAAGGUGGAACAUAAUGAACACCCCGCUUCAUAUGGCAGCCUAUGCAUUGAAUCCGAAAUGGUAUGCACCAAGUGAUGGAAGGGUGCUUCCAUGUGAUGAUGAUGAGGUUUUAGAUGGGUUCACACGGGCAAUUGAUAAGAUAUAUACAGAGGAGCAGGCUUCCAUACUUCGUGCACAAUUCCUUGACUUCACAAAUCUUCUUGGUCCUACAUUGAGUAAACCACAGGCGAGGUUGGACAUAGCCAUAUUAGCCCAAAAAGACCCUACUGGAUGGUGGACAUGGCAUGGGAGGGAUACACCACAAUUGAAAUCGCUUGCCACUCGCCUACUUUCACAGGUUGCUAGUUCCUCUGCUGCAGAGAGGAAUUGGUCUACAUAUGGCUUUAUCCACUCUAUCAAGAGGAAUAGACUUACCUCUAGACGAGCGGAGAAGCUAGUAGCUGUGCAUAGUGCUCUUCGACUUCAGGAUCGUCAGACUCCAGAGUAUCGACAGACUCCAGCUUUGAGAUGGGAUGUUGAUCCCGAAGAUGUGGCCUAG